UUUCUUCUCCAAUUUCAGUGUUCCCGGGAGAAAUCAUGGAUGAAAAGCUGUCCUACAAAGAGUUCCUCGACCGCAACGACACGUGGGCCAUGGAUGACAGAGAUCUGUGCUUUGAGCCACAGCCUGUGUUCAAACCCAUGGAGAUGGCAGACCCCUUUGGUGUGCACCGAGCGGAGAACCUGCCAGACCUGUCCUUUCCUCCUGACAUGAAGAAUGUGCAGCUCUUCACAGACCAUGCUGACGCUUCCACAGACAUCCAUGUGCCACAUGGGUCUGUGAUGGUGCCCCAGCAACCUUUCCUGGGGUCCCCCUAUUGCCCUGCAGAGGUCUUGGACCCGUCAGCCUUCAUGGGCCUUGAUUCAGCUGCACCAUUUCUGCAAGACAAAGCAGUGCCUGAAGAUCAUUGGAUGGGAGCUCAGCAUUACGCAAAGGGACCGGAUGCCUCUUUCUUUGCUGAGCCCCCAGUGCCCCCCACAGCCCUGGAAGCAGAAGUGCUGACUGUGCCGGAGUGCCCUGCAGCAGCAGCUCCUUACUUUGUUCCUACGGCAUUAGCAGCAUCUCCAGCAGAGGCCGAAGCUGCCGAGGCACCACAAGCAGAUGCUGAGAGUGUUGUUGCCUCGGAUGCAGAGCAAGCUGGGCCCAUCCUGGCAGGGGACACGAAGCCUCCUCAUGCUGUGGAUGCUGGAUCUGUGCCUCCAGCAGAAGCUGAGCCCCCCCAGGGCACGGAUGUGGGUUUUGCCCCUGCAGCAGAGGCCAAACCUCCCAGUGCUGCUGCUGCAUCCACCCCAGUGCUGGAUGCUGCCUGGAGCCCAGCUGCAGACGCUCAGCCCCAUUGCGCCGUGGGUUUGGAGUUCUCCCCAGCAGCAGAUAUGGAUCCUCACCAUGCUGUGGAUCUGACAUUUGCCCCCACAGCUGAUGCUGAGUCUCAUCGUGCUGCAGAUUCAGAGUUUACCUUUCCAGCAGAAGAGGACCAUCUUCACGCUAUGGAUUCCAGCACUGCUCCAGCACUGGAUGCCAAACCUUCUCCUGUAGAUUCAAGUUUUGUCUCUGCACCAGAAGCAAAGUCUGUCUGUGCAGCUGACACCGAGGUCACUGCACUGGAAGAGCUGGUGACAUCCGAGCCCUCUGCUGAGCGUGACAAGUCCCCCUCCCACGAAGCUCCUGCAGAAACAACUGUAAGCAUGGAACAAGAACCAAAAGCCCCCGAGGGUUACGUUGAUGUUUCAUUAGAGAAAGUGAAGGACGGCUCACCGUCUGCCAGCCACCACGCUGAGCACCUUCCAGCACACACCAACCACGUCUCAGAACCCACAGGUGAGGAGCUCAGACCAGCAGUGAAACCACAGAGGCCCUUUGCUCUCAGCUGA